CUGCCACAGCCGGCCGUCACACCGCCACCACGGCUCUGCCCCGUGCAGCAGGGCGCAGCAGGCCGGGCUGGUUCCCGGGGCCGGACUCCCCCUUCCGUUAGCGAGGGCGGUGCCGAGGGGAGCCCGCCAGAACCGCCCCGGAGGAGCAUGGCCGGGGUGGGGAGCCACCAUCCUCCCGAGCCGGGUGAAGAUGUCAAACCAUUUACUCCUGAGGAAACCAAGGAAAUUGUGAUGUCUCUACAGCAGCCUGCAGUCUUCUAUAACAUGGUUGGUGACUGGCCAGCCCUGCACUGGAAUGUGGAAUACCUUUCUGCAGUGUUGGGUGGAAAGACAAUCCAGUUUAGGAUAGGACUGAAGACGGUGGAUUUAGCUCCCCAGUUUGAAACCAGUUGUAGCUACGUGAAGGCUACACUUGAUGAGUUUUUGGCAUGGAGUUGUGGGCAGCCAUCCUGUCUCUCUGGACCAUUCCGUUGUUAUGAGUACUCCAAAUACUGGGCAUAUGCUGACUACAAAUACAUUGCCAGGAUAUUUGAAGACAAGCCAGAAAUCUUCAAGGAUGUAAGGUGGUCUGACUUUGGUUUUUCUGGAAGAACUGGAAAAGACAGCACACUGUGGAUUGGUUCUGAAGGAGCAAACACCCCUUGCCAUUUGGACUCCUAUGGCUGCAACUUAGUGUUGCAAGUACAAGGAAGGAAAAGAUGGCACCUCUUCCCACCUAGUGACACCAGUUUCCUUUAUCCCACCAGGAUUCCUUAUGAGGAAUCCAGUGUAUUCAGCAAAGUCAACGUUGCCAACCCUGAUCUGAAACGCUUUCCUCAGUUUAAGAACACAACAGCCCAUGUGGUUACACUCAGCCCAGGACAGGUCCUGCUGGUUCCAAGGCACUGGUGGCACUAUGUGGAAUCCAUUGAUCCCAUCACUGUCAGCGUAAACUCAUGGAUUGAAUUGGCUUUGAUUUUUCUUCCUCAUGUUAACCAGUGUGUAGGGGAUGGUUCCAGGGAUAUCAUCUCAAUGCUCCAGAAGGAUGCAGAUCAUGAGGCCCGUGUCGAAGAAGCAAUAACUCGAAUGCUGGUAUGUGCCAUAAAAUCAGCAGAAAAUCCCAGUGAUGAAGAUCUUUGGCUAAAUCCCACAGAGGUUGAGGCAACAUCCCACGAAACCAAUCUUCAAUACCUGAAUAAAGCAGUAUCUGCAUAUUUCAGCUGUCAAAAGACAGAUGUCCCAGAGCAGGCACAUCCCAGCAGCAGUGCUACAGAGCAAAGGACAAGCACCUCAUGCAAGAGGAAGAAAAGGGAAGUUGGCUGUGAACCAGAGAGCUGCAGAUUACCAACCCACGAAUUUGGCUUGUCAACAUUUACAGCAGAAAAGUUGCAGAAAAUGCCUUUUGGGCCUCAUCUUGUUCAAGUUUUACCACAGUCCCAAGAAAUAAGCUCAGUGGGUGCCACUGCAGUUAGAAGUGACAGUAGAGAUCUUCUCCAUGAAAAUGACAGAGGACAUUCUGGAAGAUCACACUGCACCAAGAAGCAAUUGGUAAUGAGUAAUGACUGUGACAAACCUGCACAUCAAACAGAUUCAGAUGGCAGUCCAAAUGCCUCACAAACAGCCCUUUCUACCAAUGAUUUGCUGGAGUGUGUGGUUAAUCCACAUGUCAUCAGUUUAGUGGCUCGGCUGCUGUUGGAGAGAGCAAGAGUUUAGUUCCAGAGUGCUUUAUCAUUUCUAAAAUAA